CCGUGUCAUACAAAUUUCAUACGUGCACACGCACACCGUAUUACUGGAAAAGUUCAAACCAAUAUUGGUACUUCGGAUCUGUCAUGGACUUGCAUUUGUUUAAGAACGACAUGAAAAAGGAAAAUAACCUUGGUUAUCAAGACUGGACUUCCCCAAAGGAGUGCACAUGGAUGAACAAAAUCACCAGCGAGGAUUUUCGGAAAGAAUUUAAUGAUCGUUCUGUCCGGGCGACGCUAGAAAACCACAACGAGCGUGAAAGGUUUGGUCGUCAGAGGGUCUCCCUGUCUUCAGAAUAUGAACGGUUGUCCCCUGCCAAGAAACAUACCCGGUACAAGGCACGGAUCUUAGUGACGAUAGUCAUCAGCUGCUUAUUGGCGGCCCUUGGAGUCGCAGUAGCUCUUGCCAUUGUGUUUGCGAAUCAGACGCAGGAUAAACAGGAUACUGCAAUCAUUGAAGCUAACGGACAUAUAAGUGUUAACCAGCCAUUUUCAUCAGCUUUGAAAGACAAAACAUCUGAGACAUAUCGCAACUUCACUGGGGCAUUUUCAAAAGCGAUGACAAGAAGUCUCAAACAAAGUGGACUACCAACUUUGCGGAACUGUGCUAUAAAAGAUCUUCAGAAUGGAAGCAUUGUAGUCACAUUUUCCUUAUAUUUCGUACAAGGAAAGGAGGCCAUAUCUGAAGAAAUUGUGGAAACUAAACUUAAAGCAGCAUGCGAGAAAAAGAGGGAUGGACGUUUUUAUCUAAGAGAGUUUCCUGUAAAAACUACAACAAUAUCAAUUUCAAAAAUUGUCAUUGGAAGCAAAUAUUUCUCAAAUGCACCACAUUCAAUCACUACUACAACAACAAAUAUAUUAACUAAAACUGGUACUGUAACUCCCAUAACUUUAACUACAUCUACAAUAAAUCUUGCAAUGAACCCUAAUAAACCCACAGUUCUAACAACAACUACAACACCCAUCAAAUCGACAGCUACAUCUACAACUCUCACUACAACUACAUCCCCUACAACAAAUACAACUCAUACAAAAAUUACAUCCCCUACCACUACUACCACUAGUACAGACCCUACCACUAGUACAACCCCUACCACUACUACCACUAGUACAACCCCUACCACUACUACCACUACUACAACCCCUACCACUAGUACAUUCCCUACCACUAGUACAGCCCCUACCACUACUACAACCCCUACCACUAGUACAUUCCCUACCACUAGUACAGCCCCUACCACUAGUACAGCCCCUACCACUAGUACAGCCCCUACCACUACUACCACUAGUACAGCCCCUACCACUACUACCACUAGUACAGCCCCUACCACUACUACCACUAGUACAACCCCUACCACUACUACCACUAGUACAGCCCCUACCACUACUACCACAAGUACAGCCUCUACCACUACUACCACUAGUACAGCCCCUACCACUACUACCACUAGUACAGCCCCUACCACUAGUACAGCCCCUACCACUAGUACAACCCCUACCACUACUACCACUAGUACAGCCCCUACCACUACUACAGCCCCUACCACUAGUACAACCCCUACCACUACUACAGCCCCUACCACUAGUACAACCCCUACCACUACUACAGCCCCUACCACUACUACCACUAGUACAGCCCCUACCACUACUACAACCCCUACCACUAGUACAGCCCCUACCACUACUACAACCCCUACCACUAGUACAGCCCCUACCACUACUACAACCCCUACCACUAGUACAGCCCCUACCACUACUACCACUAGUACAUCCUCUACCACUAGUACAGCCCCUACCACUACUACCACUAGUACAACCCCUACCACUACUACCACUAGUACAGCCCCUACCACUACUACCACUAGUACAGCCCCUACCACUAGUACAGCCUCUACCACUACUACCACUAGUACAGCCCCUACCACUACUACCACUACUACAACCCCUACCACUAGUACAUUCCCUACCACUUCUAUUACAAAAAGAACUACUGAAAAUAAUACCACACUUGUUAUGCCUAUAACAGAACGUCAAGAAACCCCACACUUAAAAACAAGUAUGAAAACAAGUACAACCCCUACCACUACUACCACUAGUACAACCCCUACCACUACUACAGCCCCUACCACUACUACAACCCCUACCACUAGUACAGCCCCUACCACUACUACAACCCCUACCACUAGUACAGCCCCUACCACUACUACCACUAGUACAUCCUCUACCACUAGUACAGCCCCUACCACUACUACCACUACUACAACCCCUACCACUAGUACAUUCCCUACCACUUCUAUUACAAAAAGAACUACUGAAAAUAAUACCACACUUGUUAUGCCUAUAACAGAACGUCAAGAAACCCCACACUUAAAAACAAGUAUGAAACAAACGAACAUUAUUCAUUAGACCACAAGACAUUCCACGUUUCCCUUCACCUCUACCAUCACGUCAAGAACCGCACCCUUAACGCUGCGUCACAAUACAACGAUUAAUACUGGAAUGACUACUAAACCUUCCCCUUCAAUUGUUUUACUUAAACCAACACGUUCAGAAACCCUACACCUUAAGUUAGGUAGACAAAAACGACCAUUACUAAAACAAACACCAUGGUCUUCCACUUCAAUGUUACACCUUCACCACUGCCUGUACCACCAACUCACAAAAUCUCGCACUUAGGUCUAAUCUGAACACUACAACCAUUGUAAAUCCAGCCUCCACAACAACUUCUUCUGCAAAUACUACCACGACUUUAAUUUUUACAGCACUUCUUUUUACAAAUACUUUUCAUAACUUCAUGCUUUACAGCAGGUCAGCCCUAAAAAUUCCAUUAACACUUAUGUCUUACUAUCAUGACCAUUACCCCCCCCCCCCCCCC